AUGACUUGGGGAUCCUCAAAAAGUUAUAGUUCAAAGACUGGUGCCUAUCCCAAAACCAUAGUUUCUUGGAUUUUCAUUUCAGUUGCAGGAUUGGUAUUGCUCAGAAGUCUGGUUUCUUGGGACUUAGAAUUAAACAACACCCUAACUUCCUCGUAUUCCAAAUCCACGAGUGUGCCAACGUAUUCCAAAUCCACGAGUGUGCCAAAUGCAACAAGCAUUCCUUCAUUCGAUUCAGAUUGUGAUCUGUAUGAUGGAACAUGGAUUCAUGAUCCAACGAUUAAACCAGCUUAUACAGAAGCAUGCCCUUUCAUGUCAAGUAAGCUAAAGUGUCAGGCGAAUGGGAGGCCUGACAAGGAGUACCUGAACUGGCGAUGGAAGCCUUCUCAAUGUGACCUUCCACCGUUUGAUGGCAUGCAAUUUCUUGGAUUGCUGAGUGAGAAGACAAUAGCUUUCAUCGGCGAUUCCAUCAGUCGAAACUUUAUGGAGUCCUUACUAUGCACUCUCCAACAAGUAGAAGAUCCAGUAAUUGGAAGCAACCGUAGAAUGAAAAUCUACGAUUUCGAGAAGUCAUUUGUGAAAAUUGUCCGAAUUUGGUCGUCGCGGCUCAUCAACGAAACACAUGGAGAUUUCAGCACGGAUGGUGUGUCAAAGCUCCAUCUCGAUGUCCCGGACCAACACUUCAUCGAUCUAAUCCCACAAUUUGAUGUGAUUGUUCUUUCUUCUGGCCCCUGGUUUGAGAAACCAGCCAUGAAAUUGUUGAACAACGAAGUUGUGCGCCUAAAUAUGACUCAAGCAUAUGGGAUCUCAGUGGAAACAGUUCUCACUUCAAUAGUAACUCACCCACAAUAUAAAGGGAUUACGAUUUUGAGUUCUUAUUCACCGAAGCAUUUUGCGGGUGGGGAUUGGAAUGAAGGUGGAACAUGCUCUGGAAAUGUGAUGCCAAUUGGUGCAGGAGAGUUGGUGGAAAAUAAAGACACUAAUAAGGCCAUGCAUGAAGCCCAAGUAAUGGGGUUUAACAAUGCUAUUAAGAAGAAGAAAAAUAAGUCUAAGUUGAGACUAAUGGAUAUCACUCAAGCCUUUGAGUAUCGCCGUGACGGGCAUCCGGGUCGGUACGACAACCCGACAAAACAGACACAACCUGGACCGGUCAGAAAGUCUAAACCCGAAGAUUGCUUGCAUUGGUGCAUGCCGGGUCCAGUUGAUACAUGGAACCAAUUUAUGCUUCAGAUCUUAAUAGACGAAAUCGAGGGUAAACAAAUAGUGGCGGACGCAGAAAAUUUUGAAAGCGAAGGCAAAAAUUCUUAA